AUGCGGCCAGCCGGGGCCACGACAAGGGGGGAGGGUUCGCCGGCGUGGCAGCGGCGAGGCCACGGCAGGGCAGAAGGGGAGGAGCAGGGCGCGGGCGCCGGAGCGCCAGAGGUGGCCAUGGGCGUGGGGCGUCGCCUGCGCGAGGGGAAGGAGGCCGCAGCGACGGGACAGGGGGCGGCCGGGGUGAGGCCACGACGGGUGCAGGCCUCGGCGGCCAGAGCGAAGGAGGGGGCCGCGGGGGCGCGGGCCGGCGGCCAGGUGCGGGUGUGCGCGACGGGGCAGAACGGGGCGAGGCCGGGCGGAGCUGCGGGAGGAGGUGCGGUGGCGGGGCGGCCAAACGCACGAGCAGGGGAGGAGAGGAGCGGCGGGGCGAGGCCGGCGCGCGGCUGA